AUGGGAGAGACAAGUGCAAUGCCAACUCCCAUGAUAUCAUCUCUUCAGCUGUUGACUACAAGUUCAGAAGAAUUUGAGAAUCCAAGACUAUAUAGAUCUGUUGUUGGAAGUCUUCAUUAUCUCAUAAUAACCACAUCAGACAUUUCCUUCGUUGUGAGCAAGGUUAGUCAGUUUAUGCAUAAACCCUUGCUUGCACAUUGGAAGGCUCUAAAGAGAGUUCUUCGGUAUCUUCGAGGCAUUAAGCAACAAGGAUUACUCUUUCAUAAGAAUACAGAAUUCAGAUUGUAUGGAUUUGCUGAUGCUGAUUGGGCAUCAAACCUUGAAGACUGCAGGAAGCAAAUCACUGUCAGUAGGAGCUCGACAGAGGCUGAAUUUCGAAGUCUUGCAGCGCAUGUAGCAAAGACAGUUUGGAUCAAGAACUUGUUGCUCGAAUUCAAAGUUCAACUUCAGACAUCUCCAACAAUUUUCUGUGACAACUUAAGCACUGUAAUUCCUCCAAUCCAGUGUUACAUGACAAAACUAAGCACUUCCAACUUGAUAUACAGUUUGUUCGAGACAAUAUCAAAAGCAAUGAACUAA